AGUCUCUAUAGAGCCAGCAGAAGAGCUGUGUGGAUUGGUCAGCCCGAACGCCACAGUCCGAUGCAUUACUAAAGAAGUCCAGCACUCCUUGGACCUUGCUAGCGCCACUAGUGGAGAUAAAGUCGUCACUGCACAGGAAAAUGAUGAGCAGGCAUCAAGUCCUAGUGGUGCUGAGACUGCUGGACCCCAAAGACCAAGGUCUAACUCGGGCAGAGAGCUUACAGAUGAGGAGAUUCUUGCGAGUGUGAUGAUCAAGAAUCUGGACACUGGUGAGGAGAUCCCUCUGAUCCAGGCUGAAGAGAAACUACCCACUGGAAUCAACCCGCUCACACUGCACAUCAUGAGAAGAACCAAGGAGUACAUCUCAAACGACGCAGCACAGUCGGAUGAUGAUGAUAAAUCCCAGCCUGCCCUUACUGACACAGAUGGAGGGAAGCUGAAACAGAGAACAACACAGCUAAAGAAGUUUCUGGGUAAGUCAGUAAAGAGGGCGAAACACUUGGCAGAGGAAUAUGGAGAGAGAGCUGUGAAUAAAGUGAAGAGCGUUCGAGACGAGGUCUUCCACAACGACCAGGAUGACCCAUCCUCCAGUGAUGACGAAGGGAUGCCGUACACACGACCGGUCAAAUUUAAAGCGGCUCACAGCUUCAAAGGGCCCUUUGACUUUGACCAAAUCAAAGUGGUGCAGGACCUGAGCGGAGAGCACAUGGGUGCCGUCUGGACAAUGAAGUUCUCUCACUGCGGACGGCUAUUGGCAACAGCAGGCCAGGAUAAUAUAGUUCGGAUCUGGGUCCUCAAAAAUGCCUAUGACUAUUUCAACAACAUGAGAAUAAAAUACAACACAGAAGGACGUGUGUCACCGUCUCCCUCUCAGGAGAGUCUGUGUUCCUCUAAAUCAGAUACAGAAGGAGGGUUUGGUGCUGCUGUGGAAGAUGCAGACACGGAGGACAGAAACGUCCCAUUCCGGCAGGUUCCUUUCUGCAAGUACAAAGGUCACACCGCUGACCUGCUAGAUCUGUCCUGGUCAAAGAACUACUUCUUGCUGUCAUCAUCAAUGGACAAGACGGUUCGCUUGUGGCACAUCUCCAGGAGAGAGUGUCUGUGCUGUUUUCAGCAUAUAGAUUUUGUUACAGCGAUUGCAUUUCAUCCUAGGGAUGACAGGUAUUUUUUGAGCGGUUCUUUAGAUGGAAAGCUGCGGUUAUGGAAUAUUCCUGAUAAGAAAGUGGCGCUGUGGAAUGAGGUGGAUGGACAGACGCGUCUGAUAACAGCAGCUAACUUCUGCCAGAAUGGAAAGUAUGCAGUAAUUGGCACCUAUGAUGGGCGCUGCAUUUUCUAUGACACCGAGCGCCUUAAAUAUCACACCCAAAUCCACGUUCGCUCCACAAGAGGCAGGAAUCGAGUAGGCCGCAAAAUCACCGGCAUUGAGCCACUGCCAGGAGAAAACAAGAUCUUGGUGACGUCAAACGACUCCCGCAUUCGCCUGUAUGACCUCAGAGAUUUGUCACUGUCUAUGAAGUACAAAGGCUACGUGAACAGCAGCAGUCAGAUCAAAGCCAGCUUCAGUCACGACUACUCUUACAUUGUGAGCGGCUCAGAGGACAAGUAUGUGUACAUCUGGAGCACGUACCACGACCUCAGCAAGUUCACCUCUGUACGGAGAGACCGCAAUGACUUCUGGGAAGGGAUCAAAGCUCAUAACGCGGUUGUGACAUCGGCCAUUUUUGCUCCUCAUCCGGAUCUCAUCGUGCCUCAGGAAGCAGGCUCCGAAAAACCCGACUCGGACUGUAAGAGCGACAGCACAGACGACUCGGAGACCAUCCCAUCAGGGGCGCUGAAAACAGACCACUCUGAAGUUCUGCUCUCUGCUGAUUUCACCGGAGCCAUUAAAGUUUUUGUCAAUGUUAAGAAAUAUUGA